GUUCCUGCUUCUGUUUAAUUUUAUUAUUUUUUACUUCGUGAUUUGAUCAGACCAUCCUGCUUUAGAAAGAAACUUUUACCUUCCGACUUCCGGUUACCGUCUCCAAGGCAACCAGUGUUUUUUCUGGCGGCGGGUUGCUGGGCAACGCGGCCUUUCGGGGCCCACAAGCGGCACGUUUUUCCCGUCCUUGACCCACAAAGGUUCCGUCAGAAAUGACCGCGAGAACCCAAACAUCGGCCUUUGCAUCCUCAGCCAUCAGGAACUUGCUGAAGAACUUCCAGCUGGACGAGUUUGACCCAAACGCAGAAGAAGAUGAGGAGAACCUGGAGAAAAGGCGACAGCUGACCGUAGACCUCCAUCAGAGCCUGCGCUCCCGGCAGCUGGUCAUCAGCUUUGUCGGGGGCCGGCCUGUUGUGGGUCUCAGAGCUCCGCUGGACCUGGUGGACCUGUCGGCGGUCUCCCAGCCCCGCUGGCCCGUGGAGCGGGAGGUCAUCAGCGACGUCAUCGAGCACAUAGAGUGGGACCCCCCACAGCACGAGCCGUUCUACGAGCCCACUGGGCUGGAGGAGAGACCUGAGGCAGCUGCAGGAGAGCAGGCCAAGCUGGUGUUCUGCAGUGACCCCGCUACGAAGCAUCCCUACUUCAGCGGCUCUGUGGGGGGCAGCAAGGAGCCCAUUAAGAGCCCUACCCCCUGUGACGACCCCUCAAACUUCACCCUGGAGUUCGAGUCCCGCUUUGAGAGCGGGAACCUUCUCAAAGCGGUCAGAGUGGGUCUCCAUGACUACCAGCUGACGCUACGCCCGGACCUGUACACCACCAAGCACACGCAGUGGUUCUACUUCCGAGUGAGGAAGAUGAGGGCCAGAGUCACCUACCGCUUCACCAUCAUCAACCUGAUGAAGAGCAGCAGUCUGUACUGCCACGGCAUGAAGCCACUGCUGUACUCGGAAAAGGCUGCCAAGGAGAGGGGCGAGGGGUGGCGCCGCGCAGGCGCCAACAUCCAAUACUACCAGAACUGCAGUCAGGAUCCUGAAGAGAGCAGUGCCAACGCCGUGGCCUCCUACUCACUCACCUGGACUCUCCAGUUCCCCUACGAGUCCGACACCUGCUACCUGGCCCACUGCUACCCGUACACCUACUCUCACCUGCAGCGCUACCUGAGGCAGAUUCCUCCCGCCGCCGCCUCAUACUGUAAAGUGCGGGUUUUGUGCCACAGCCUUGCCGGAAACGCUGUGUACAUUUUGACCAUCACAUCCGAGUCCACCAGCAGGCGGGAGGCCGCUCACAAGAAGGCCGUGGUGGUGACGGCCCGCGUGCACCCUGGGGAGACCAACUCAUCCUGGGUGAUGGAGGGCUUCCUGGACUUUCUGCUCGGGGACUCGGAGGACGCCCAAGUUCUCAGAGAUAACUUUGUCUUCAAGGUGGUGCCGAUGCUGAACCCGGACGGCGUGGUGGUGGGAAACUACCGCUGCUCUCUGGCCGGCAGAGACCUGAACAGGAAAUACAGAUCUGGACUCCGAGACUCCUUUCCCUGUGUGUGGCACGCCAAAAACAUGGUGGAGAGACUCAGAGCUGAGAUGGAAGUGCUUCUGUAUUGUGACUUCCAUGGACACAACCGCAAAAACAACGCCUUUAUGUACGGAUGCAGCGGCCGACAAGACCAACUCCAGGAGAGAGUCUUUCCUUUGAUGAUGAGUAAGAACGCAGGCAGCAAGUUCUCUUUCCAGAGCUGCAAAUUCCGGGUGCAGAGGAGCAAAGAGGGCACCGGACGGAUCUUUAUGUGGAGGCUGGGCAUCCAGAACAGCUACACCAUGGAGACCUCCUUUGGAGGAUCCACUCUGGGAGACAGGAAAGGAACGCACUUCACCACACGAGACCUGAAGUCCCUGGGCUUUUAUUUUUGUGACACACUGCUGGACUUCUGUGACCCAGAUUCAGCAAAGGUCGUCUUCUGCUCCACAGAAGUGGAAACGCUGUUGAAGAAGAAGGUCAGAGGAAGAAAAAGCAAAGAUCUGGGAACUAACAGCAGCAUCUCUCUUUCUGACCUGGAAUCCAACACCAGUGGAUCCGACAGCUCCGACUCAGACGGACCGCCAGUUCAUCUGCUGAGUCAGACAGAAGCUGCUCCUCCUGAGGAACUUCAGAGAGAAAAGCAAACUGUUAGGAGGAAGAAGCACCUGAAGUCUCGGAAGCAGAGGAACCGGAGGCAAUCAGGCAGAAGGACAAGGAGCCGCCAGCAAACUCCGAACACUGAGUUCGAUCUUCAUGGUCCACCGGUCAGAGAGCGCUCUAGAACCGAACUGGAUCCUUCUCGGCCGGAGUUCGAUCUUCGUGGUCCCACAGUCAGAGAGCGCUCCAGAACUGGACCGGAUCCUUCUCGGCAGGAGUCCGAUCUUCGUGGUCCCACAAUCAGAGAGCGCUCCAGAACUGGGCCAGAUCCUUCUUGGCAGGAGUCCGAUCUUCGUGGUCCCACGGUCAGAGAGCGCUCCCGGAGAUGGCAGCUGACCCCCCAUCCUGUGGCUGAUCUCAGCAGAGUGUCCCCCCGACAGAGGAGCAGGCCCGGGCAGGGCAGAGGUCAGAGAAGCACCGCCAGCCCGAAGACCAAAGCCGCCCCCGCCGUCCCCGCCCCCACGGCGCUUUGCUCCACCCAGUGGCGGUGCUCCACCCAGGUGCUCCACCUGAAGACCUUUGUCCUCCCCCCACUGCGGCAGCAGCUCCGCCCCCACCAGCCUUUCUCCUCUGGUGUGGACCACAGAGGUCACCGAAAGACGCCUCACCUGUGUUCUUCAGCACCUGUCCCGCCCUUCAUGCCCCCCCUCAGGUUCAGUCGGCAUCUUCUCAGAGACCCCCAGAGCCCUCCACCCCCCCACGAAGACCACUAGAGGCCUUCAGCUUUGUUCGUUUUUAACUUUGUUUUUAUUUAAGCUGUUACCUGGUUGGGGGGGGGAUUCCUGUUUUCAACAGAUCCGUCACAGUUCAGGUGUCACUGAGAACCAGAACCGCCAUGAGGACCCAUCAGUGGGUGGAGAUCUUCUCUGUGACCCAGCAAAGGCCAAGUUUGCAGCUUCAAUCGCUGCAAAAAUAAACUUGUGGUUUUAAAACCUUG